AAGUAUUUUUUUUUAUGCACGGACAGAAUACUCGUCAAGCUCCUUGAAGUCGCAGCCACCUUCACCAUCAUCGUUGGUCCACUUCUGUUGUUAGAGAUUUAUUCAGCUGAGAACCAUGUCUGACGACGAAAGAGAAGAGAAGGAGUUGGAUCUUACAUCUCCUGAAGUUGUUACCAAAUACAAGUCCGCCGCAGAAAUCCUCAACAAGGCCUUGCAACUUGUAUUAUCUGAAUGCAAACCGAAGGCUAAGAUAGUUGACAUUUGUGAGAAAGGAGAUUCUUUCAUCACAGAGCAAACUGGAAACAUGUACAAAAAUGUUAAAAAGAAGAUCGAAAGGGGAAUUGCAUUUCCAACAUGUAUAUCAGUAAACAACACUGUUUGUCAUUUCUCUCCUCUUGCGAGUGAUGAGAUUGUCUUGGAAGGAGGUGACAUGGUGAAGAUUGAUAUGGGGUGUCACAUUGAUGGAUUCAUCGCACUAGUUGCUCAUACUCAUGUCAUUCAGGAUGGAGCAAUUACUGGCAGGCAAGCUGAUGUAAUUGCAGCAGCAAAUACUGCUGCAGAGGUUGCCUUGAGGCUCGUCAGGCCAGGAAAAAAGAAUAAGGAUGUUACUGAAGCAAUUCAGAAGGUUGCUGGUGCUUAUGACUGCAAGAUUGUUGAAGGUGUACUCAGUCAUCAGCUCAAACAAUUUGUGAUUGAUGGGAACAAGGUGGUACUAAAUGUAUCAAAUUCGGAUACUAGAGUCGAUGAUGCAGAAUUCGAAGAGAAUGAAGUUUAUGCAAUUGACAUAGUUGCUAGCACAGGCGAUGGAAAGCCUAAAUUGUUGGAUGAGAGGCAGACUACCAUAUACAAAAGAGCAGUUGAUAAGAGCUAUCACUUGAAGAUGAAAGCAUCUAGGUUUAUAUUCAGCGAUAUAAGCCAAAAGUUCCCCAUAAUGCCCUUUACUGCAAGGGCUUUGGAAGAGAAACGUGCUAGGCUAGGACUUGUCGAGUGUGUGAAUCAUGGACUUUUGCAACCAUACCCUGUUCUUCACGAGAAACCUGGUGAUUAUGUUGCUCAUAUUAAGUUCACGGUUCUGCUUAUGCCAAAUGGAUCAGAUAGGAUCACGUCGCAUUCAUUGCAGGCAUUGGAACCUACUAAGACUAUCGAUGAUCCAGAAAUCAAAGCAUGGUUAGCUUUAGGGACUAAGACAAAGAAGAAAGGUGGCGGUAAAAAGAAGAAAGGUAAGAAGGACAAUAAGGCCGAGGGGUUGACAGAAGCCGAGCCAAUGGAUACAACAUUGAACGGCGCGGCUCCAUCUCAGGAAUGAUAAUCUGAAAUUGUUUAAAGAAACAAACAGGCGCCCUAAAGAAAUUGAUAUUGAACUUCUUUUUUUUUUUAUUUUGUUGUCAGUUAAUUAAACUGGUCCAAAUUUUGGGUAUGUUCCAGUUGUAUCGGUUUGUGGCUUGUUUCUGAGACGUUUUGUUUGCAACUGUAUCAUGCUGCUUUUCUCUUUUUCUUUUUCGGGGGUCUACCUGAAAAUUGAAAUAGAAUGUUUAGACUAUUUUUU